CCACCAUCCCUGCCAUGGAUGGCGGAAUCUGUUUCGAGUUUGUCGAGCUGUGCGUGGGUCCUGGCCUCUCAGGUGGGCGAGCAGCUGCGCGGGACCUUGCUGGAAGCUGAGGCCGAGACGCGCGUGGUGGUGGUGUACAGCACGGAGGACUACAGGCGUUUGGCGCGUCAUGUGGUGACUGCCACGGAUGAGGUGGUAGAGGUGGGGAGCAGCUUGGGCAAAUGCACCGAGAUCUUGGCCGCGAGGGCCUCGCAAGUACUGGGUGUGGACGUGAGCUUGGAACAAUUGGCCAUCAGUCGAGAGCGGGUACCCAGCGUGUCCUUUGUCUUUCUGGAUCUCUUCGAGGAAGCGGCGAAGCUGCCGGAGCAGCUGCGACGGCACGGUGUGCAGCGCUGCAGCUGUGCGUUUCUGGACAUCGGGGGCGAUCGACGUUGCAGGCAGGUGCUGCGCGGCAUCCAACUGCUUCGAGAUCACCUGGAUUUGCGGCUGCUGGCUGUGAAAUCGGAGGAGCUGUAUGCUGCCAUGGCCAAGUGGACAGGGCAGAAGGGCAUCAAUGAUGGCCACCGCCUCUCCGACGUGCCCGGCUUCCUGCGAUGCCUCGACACUUCGGCGCCGGAGAGUGCCAAAGCCCAGUUGAAGAAACAGAAACGUGCCAGGCGCGUCCAAGCACUCGCUGACAACAAGGCCCUAGCUGAGGC